AUGGAGCAGCAUGAUGUUACGCGGAGUGGGGGCGUGGCAUGCUUAUCUUUAGGUAAGCCCGUGGGUACCCAGUCUAUCUGGCAGUCUCCGGUAGAGCUGGUUGGGAUAUUUUGGGGCGGCAUGGUACUAUGCGAGGGAAGGGGCAUAGGCGCUUUUCCAAGCCUGUGGGUACCAGCUUCGGCUGCAGUCUCCAGUAGGGCCGCCGGAAUACUUUAUUAUUUACCAAUAGAGGAUAUUCUAUUUGUAUUCAAUAAAUUUAUUAACUUGUAUCUUUUUGAUUAUUAUAAUGUUUCGCGAGCCUAG